AUGGCAACAGAGGCCGACAUGGUGAUUCGACUGUCAGCCCUCAGCGCGCUCCGCAGCUUGCUUUCCCUGUGGGAUCUCGACCCCGAGCAGUGCCUAGCGCCGGCACUUGGGUGGCUGGUGCCUGCUUUGUACGCCAUGUUCAAAGAUGUCAGGGAAAUGGACAAUCGUCAGGAGGUUUUGACCGUAAUGUCGGAGAUGCUGGAGAGAUCGGGACGGCUGCUCGUGCCUCACUGCCAGGCUGCAGUGGCUGGGCUGCCCGAUGUGUGGAGUGCCACCUCGUCUCAGACACCGCUAAGAUGCUCCUGCCUUCAGGUGAUGACGCACGUGGUCGACGCGCUGGGAAGAGACAAGGGGCCAGACCUUGAUCGAAUAGCCCUGGCGAUGGUGGACGUUUCCACCAAGGUCGGCAGUGAUGAAGCGAUUUACCUCAUGGAGACGGGUCUGGGGCUUUGGCUGGCGCUGUUGAGACACGCCACGGACUACAGCGAAGGUUUACACAACCUCUUCCCGCGAAUCCCCGAGAUGCUCGACACAGACCUCGACAACCUCAAGCAGGUGCAAUGA